AUGUACCAUUUGGCCCUCCACCUCUUCUCGGUCUACCUGUACCUGAUGUACCAUUUGGUCUUGGGCCUCUACUUGAUCUACCUGUACCUGAUGUACCAUUUGGUCCUCCACCUCUACUUGAUCUACCUGUACCUGAUGUACCAUUUGGUCCUCCACCUCUACUUGAUCUACCUGUACCUGAUGUACCAUUUGGUCCUGCGCCUCUACUUGAUCUACCUGUACCUGAUGUACCAUUUGGUCCUCCACCUCUACUUGAUCUACCUGUACCUGAUGUACCAUUUGGUCCUCCACCUCUACUUGAUCUACCUGUACCUGAUGUACCAUUUGGUCCUCCACCUCUACUUGAUCUACCUGUACCUGAUGUACCAUUUGGUCCUCCACCUCUACUUGAUCUACCUGUACCUGAUGUACCAUUUGGUCCUGCGCCUCUACUUGAUCUACCUGUACCUGAUGUACCAUUUGGUCCUCCACCUCUACUUGAUCUACCUGUACCUGAUGUACCAUUUGGUCUUCCGCCUCUUACUUGAUCUACCUGUACCUGAUGCAACACUUGAUCCACCUCUACUUGAUUUAACAUUACAUAUCUUAACACGUGUACCUGAUGUACCAUUUGGUCCUCCACCUCUACUUGAUCUGCAUGUACCUGAUGUACCAUUUGGUCCUCCACCUCUACUUAAUCUACAUGUACCUGAUGUACCAUUUGGUCCUGCGCCUCUACUUGAUCUACCUGUACCUGAUGUACCAUUUGGUCCUGCGCCUCUACUUGAUCUACAUGUACCUGAUGUACCAUUUGGUCCUCCACCUCUACUUAAUCUACCUGUACCUGAUGUACCAUUUGGUCCUCUGCCUCUACUUGAUCUACCUGUACUCGCUGCAACACUUGAUCCAACUGAUGACCCAAUACAUCUACUUGCUGAUAAACAGUUGGUUCACGUAGAGGCGUGA